GUUUUCUACUCUCGAAAUUACCUUCUUUCUUUUCUGGUGCGAUGAUGGCCGCUUCCUGCGUAGCCAUUCGCUUAUCUCCUUCGUCUCCAUUUUCUUCCAAUGUUGUUCCCAAAUCCAAGGCCCUAAUCUCUUCCUUUUCAAUUUCCUUUCACAUCUCUCCUCCUCCUCGCCGGUUGGUUGCUAAAAAUCUGCGAACGAGGAUCUCUUCUUCGAAUUUCUCAGUUUUGAACGAGGUAGCAGUUCACCGAGAAGGAGAAGGCGGGGGAGAAAUCGACGGAGACAGCGUCGUCUCCGAUGGAGAGGUGGGGAAGAAGAAAGAGAGACCGUGCGAGUUGUACGUGUGUAAUAUUCCGAGAAGCUACGACAUUCCUCUGCUUCUCGAGAUGUUCCAACCUUAUGGAACUGUAAUCUCCAUUGAGGUUUCACGAAAUCCCGAGACAGGAGAGAGCAGAGGAAGUGGUUAUGUCACGAUGAGUUCUGUAUACUCUGCAAAGGUCGCCAUUGCUGCCCUUGAUGGAACAGAGGUUGGUGGCAGGGAAAUGCGUGUCAAAUUUUCUGUUCAGAUGAACCCCGGAACCAGAAAAAACACAGCAGUGUUGAAUUCGACUCCAAAGAAGAUUCUCAUAUAUGAAAGCCGAUACAAGAUUUAUGUCGGAAAUCUCCCCUGGGACACUAAACCAGGUGAUUUGAGGAACCGAUUUAGCGGGUUCGGGACCAUUGUUAGUGUGAGAGUACUACACGACCGAAAGGGUACCAGUAACCGAGUCUUUGCAUUUCUUUCUUAUUCAAAUCCCGAAGAACGUGACGCUGCAGUAUCUUUGAAUGGAUCAGAAUUUCAAGGUCGGAAAAUAAUCGUUAGAGAAGGCUUCGAGAGGGAAGAGUCCUAAACUGGUCACACUCUUCUGUCCCCACAGUGCUCAGAAGCAGAACAAGUUUUUUCUUUAACAAAAUUACCAGUGUUGUGUCGGCCGGAGUUUCGAGACUAGGAAUACAAGUUGGCAUGUUUUGUUGGUAACCCAUAAUUGCGGGGUUUCAAUGGGCUUUUAGUGAAGCCCAAUGGGCCAAAACCCAACAAUGAAACAAAAAAUCGACCCAACCCAA